UACCAUUUUAAUUCGCCAUCUGUCAAAAAGCAAAAUCGUGUUCUUCGCGAUUUCGUCAAGCAAAGUAAAGUUUUGCGUGGUUCUUUGGUUCUAAUACCGUAUUUGAUAGAUAGAUCGAUACAUCAUGCCAGCGCUGGACGAUAUUAAAACUUCCUGGGCCGACGAUGUCGAGUUGGACUCCUCGUCGCUUCCUCCGCCGUCGGAGGUUGUUGAAAACGGGCAAAAGAUCGUGACGGAGUACAAGUACAACAAGGAUGACAAAAAGGUGAAGGUGGUGCGGACGUACAAGAUCAGCCGGGUGGUCGUGCCGAAGUGCGUCGCACGGAGGAAGAACCUGAAGAAGUUUGGCGACUCGGCCACCGAUCGGCCGGGACCGAAUCCGCAGACAACGCUGGUGUCCGAGGACGUUUUCAUGCAGUUCGUCACCAACAAGGAGGAGGAGCAGAAGUCUGAGAAUGCGCUCGACUCGAUGAAGAACAUUGUCAAGUGUCGAACCUGCGAAGGAGAACAUUGGUCGUUCCAUUGCCCGUACAAGGGCACCCCAUACGACAAGCCCGCUAAACCGGUACCAGCUCCGGUUCCGGAAACGACAACAUCCAGCAAACCCGGCAAGUACGUUCCGCCGCACAUCAAGGAGAGCCAGGCGAAGGGCCUCGGAGGGCAAAUGCGACCCCGCGAUGACACCAGUGCGAUCCGUAUCUCGAAUCUUUCGGAAGCCAUGACCGAAGCCGAUCUGGAGGAGCUGGUGAAGAAGUUUGGCCCGCACACCAAGAUGUUCCUGUCGCGCGACAAGAGCACCGGCCUGUGCAAGGGCUUUGCAUAUGUGCAUUUCCGUUCCCGCCGCGAUGCAGCCACGGCGAUCGAAGUUUUGAAUGGUUACGGUUACGAUCAUCUUAUCCUCAGUGUCGAAUGGUCCAAGCCUCAGAAUCCUCAGUAAAAUCGUGCACAAACGCUUGUUGUGGGACAUUUGCGAAGCGUGGGAAACGUGUAUUGCUGCGUAAUUGAUUCCAUCGAGGGUGGUAGUGGCGGGAAGGGCUUGCGAAUAAUUAUAUUGGCAUUGUGAACGUUGUGAAACAGGAAACAAUAUUAAAUAUAGCAGCAAAUGGAACAA